AUGGACCUCAAACCGAUGGAUGACAAUAUGGCCAACCCAAAUUCCGCCCCUCAUUCCAUGCAGUCCGCGGGUCUAUGGAAUAUGAGGCUCACACCGAACUUUUGGUUUAAGCCGCCAGGCAUGCAAACCCACCAGCAGUCAUACUCGCACCCGAUGGCUUACUGGCACAACCCUCAUUCCCUGCCAAACCAAUCGAUUCCUAACCAAGAGCCAUUCCACGGACAGGCUAUGCCUACUUCUCCGGCAAUCCCAGAACAGAAGAAGCACAAGCGGACAAGGAGUGGAUGCUUUACCUGUCGUGCUCGACGAGUUAAGUGUGAUGAAAAACGCCCGACCUGUGACCCGAUUGCUGAGAGCGAAUCCGAAGGUGACGAGAAACAUCAAGAUACUGCACGAAUACCAUCAAGCGACCACUCUCAGAGCGGAAAAUCUCCUGAGCAAAAGACAGCGCGAUAUCCAGGCCACGGCACAAGAAGGAAUACUGCAAGUCGCCGAUCUCAGCAGAUUGCUCGUAAACAUAACGCCCUGAAUUCGGAGGCCAAGAUAACCACCGGUCAAGACACAAGUGCGUCCCCUGCGAGCGAUAUGACAGCACAUUCUACGGGGUCCCAUAGCCCUAUGGCCAAUGCCGAUGCCAGCGUGGAUCCAUCCGUUGGUACCCCAGAUUCCGCAUCCAGUGUCGCAGAUACCUCCAACUGCAGCGAUGAAGUGCGAUUUUUCCUUGGAUACCAUACACAACACAUUACCCACUCACACUAUAUGAUGAAAUCUAUAGCUGCGAAAUUCAUCAGUGAAGAUAUGAUGAGAUAUGCGUUGGAGUACGAGCCUCUUCUCUAUGCAGUGGUUGCCUUUUCCGCAUAUCAUUAUUCCAUUCGACACCCAAACGGAAGGCUUUAUACGUUCCUUCAAUACUAUAACAAGUCUGUUUCAUCACUGCUUCAUUCGUUAAAAAGCAGACAACCGCAUAAAGAUGCGACCAUUUUGACGAUACUUCAACUAACGACGUUUGAGGAGUAUGUUGGUGACUGGGUUAACCUGAUAGAUCACCACCAAGCUGCUCACCGCAUGAUUCUUGAACUAUAUUCGCCCGAUAAAAUUCUUGAGGACGACUUCCAUAUGCACAUUCUACAUUGGCACAUGCGAUACGAUGUCAUGGCGGGUUUAAUGGCCGGAAACGCUGCAAUAUUAGACAGAGAAUGGUAUCUCGGAGCGGAAAAGCUUGCAUAUCAGUCUUCAGCGGAAGAUAGCACCUCUUUGAGCAAAAAGCUCUUUGCCCUAUGUGCUCGUAACAAGCGAUGCGCCAUGGAUUUUGCCUCGCUUCUUGCCAAAGUGUCUCAAAAUCUUAUUUCCCCGGAGGAAUUCCUUGCUGAAGGACAAAUAAUCAGGAAAACUAUGGGCGAUAUGAUUCACCAGCUAAGUUUAGAGAAUGAUCCCCAAUACUUGGUUAUGGACUACCCGGAUAGGGUGGCUCUUGGUAUCAAUGAUAUUGUCGACCCAUAUGUCCCAGGAUUGGUUCACACUAGCCCGCUGUGGGAAGUCGAUUUGGUAAAACUGGAACUCCGAAGCAGUCUCUUCAUGUUCAAGUGCCAAAUUGAUUUGAUCACGCAGACUCUAGAAGUAUCGGAGUUGUCGAAAUUUGCAUUGGAGCAGUGCCAGCUCGUUGAAACGAUAAACCGGCUACGGGACAAAUCUCCGAUGUUCCCACUUAUGUUUCACAAUGUCGUGGGAUUGAUCUGUUUAUAUAUACCCCGCGACGAUCGCCAUAGAAUGUGGUGCCGAAGGAUACUCGCCGAGAUAGAGCAGCACGGGUGA